UACCUGCAUAACAUCAUUGGCCACAGUUAUGGAACCACAUUUGAAGUGACCAGGGGAGGAAGUCUUCAGCCCAAGAAGCAGCAGCAAGAGCCUACUUCAGAGACCAAAGAAGCUGCCACUGAUAAUCGAAAUAUAGUUGAUGAUGGGAAAUCUCAGAAACUUACUCGAGAUGACAUAAAAGCUUUGAAGGACAAGGGAAUUAAAGGAGAGGAAACAGUUCAGCAGUUAAUUGAAAAUAGUACAACGUUCCGAGACAAGACAGAAUUUGCUCAAGAUAAAUAUAUGAAAAAGAAGAAAAAGAAAUAUGAAGCCAUCAUUACUGUUGUGAAGCCUUCUACGUGUAUUCUUUGAAUUAUGUAUUAUGCAAAAGAACCUGGAAAAAUUAACCAUAUGCGGUAUGAUACCCUAGCCCAGAUGUUGACAUUGGGAAAUAUCCGUGCUGGCAAUAAAAUGCUUGUAAUGGAAACAUGUUCAGGCUUGGUGCUGGGUGCAAUGAUGGAACGAAUGGGAGGUUUGGGUACCAUUAUUCAGCUGUAUCCUGGAGGUGGACCUGUUCGGGCAGUGACAGCAUGUUUUGGAUUUCCCAAAUCUUUCCUCCAUGAUCUUUACGAAUUUCCCCUCAACAAAGUGGACAGUUUCCUAAAUGGAACAUUUUCCUCUGAGAUGUUAUCUUCAGAACCAAAAGACAGUGCUUCAGCUGAAGAAAAACAGACUUCUGAACAAGAGAAUGAAGGCAGGCUGGCAGAGAUCCCAGAAGGCAAUCCCUCAGAAGAGCAAGAAACAAUGGAGAUCAUCUCUCAAGAUCCAGAGCAUAAGGAGCCGAAAGAGAGAAGAAGCAAAAAGGAUCAUAUUCGAGAAAAACAAAGGAGACAAGAAGAACAGAGGAAAAGACAUUUAGAGGUUGCUGCUCUGCUGAGUGAAAGAAAUGUAGAUGGUUUAAUUGUAGCUAGUCAUUUUCACCCCACUCCUCUGCUGCUGUCUAUGCUGGACUUUGUGGUCCCUUCAAGGUCACUCGUGGUCUACUGUCAGUAUAAAGAGCCUCUGUUGGAAUGUUAUAUGAAGCUACAAGAGAGGGGAGAGGUCAUCAACCUCUGGCUAUCUGAGAUCUGGCUCAGAAAUUAUCAGGUCUUGCCAGAUCGAAGUCAUCCCAAAUUGGUGAUGAGUGGAGGUGGGGGGUACCUUCUCUCAGGCUUCACCGUUGCCAUGGACAACCUUAAAACAGAUGCCAACCUCAAGUCCGACUCAAGCACUUUAGAAACAUGUAAGACUGAGAAGCCAGCAGCUAAAAAACGGAAAUGCACGGAGUCUGACUCUUAA